AUGCCUCUCCCAGCCAAUUUGCCGCACGACAGCCAGCGUAACUGCAGACGCCAGCCGGUCUGGUUCGGGUCAGAACCCCGACCUGCCCUGCAGGAUCCAGGUUUCAGCAGCGCGUGUUCACUCUUUGAACCCUUAGGGACGGAGGCAGUGGUGUGUGUCCCGUUCACACCCUUGGGAGCUCUGGCUUUCUGGAAUCCUGCAAGUCAGUGGGUGAAGUCAGAGUGGGUUCCAUCGCAGCAGGAUUUUGCCCAGGGUGUCUCAAUCUACAAUUACAAUGCUGUCCAAGAUGUGGAGCUCUCCUUGCAAGUUGGCGACACUGUUCACAUUUUGGAGAUGUAUGAAGGCUGGUACCGCGGAUACACACUCCGAAAUAAAUCAAAGAAGGGCAUUUUCCCAGAAACAUAUAUCCAUUUAAAAGAGGCAAUCGUGAAGGACCGGGGACAACAUGAAACAGUGAUUCCAAGUGAACUGCCCCUUGGACAAGAACUCACUUCUACGCUGAGGGAGUGGGCAGUUAUCUGGCACAAGUUAUACGUGGAUAACAAGACCACACAGUUUCGACAUGUUCAACAGAUGACUUACAGCCUGAUAGAAUGGCGGUCACAGAUACUGUCUGGGACCCUUCCCAAAGACGAGCUAGCUGAGCUCAAGAAGAAAGUCACUGCUAAGAUUGACUAUGGCAACAGGAUCCUGGGUUUGGACCUGGUUGUACGAGACGACAAUGGGAACAUCUUGGACCCAGAUGAAACCAGCACAAUCUCUCUCUUCAGGUCCCAUGAAACUGCAUCCAAAAGGAUUGAUGAAAGGAUCCAGGAGGAGAAGUCCCUGCAACAGAAUUUGGACCUCCGAGGGCAGCCAAUAUUCAACACAACACAUACAUACAGCCUGUAUGUAAACUUCAAGAAUUUUGUCUGCAAUAUUGGAGAAGAUGCAGAGCUGUUAAUGAGCCUCUAUGAUCCUGAUCUCUCCAAAUUCAUCAGUGAAAAUUACCUGGUUCGUUGGGGCAGUAAUGGGAUGCCUAAAGAAAUUGAGAAACUAAAUAACCUUCAAGCAGUGUUUACUGAUUUAAGCAGUUCUGACUUGAUCAGACCGAAAAUCAGCUUGGUGUGUCAGAUUGUGAGGGUCGGACAUAUGGAGCUGAAAGAUGGGAAGAAACAUACCUGUGGACUCCGGAGGCCCUUUGGUGUCGCAGUGAUGGACAUAACUGAUAUCAUACAUGGAAAGGUGGAUGAUGAGGAAAAGCAACAUUUUAUUCCAUUUCAACAGAUUGCCAUGGAAACAUACAUCAGGCAGCGACAGCUAAUCAUGUCCCCACUGAUAACUUCCCAUGUGAUCGGAGAAAAUGAGCCCCUCACUUCUGUCUUCAACAAAGUCAUUGCUGCAAAGGAAGUGAAUCAUAAAGGGCAAGGUCUUUGGGUCUCGCUGAAACUACUUCCUGGCGAUCUAGCACAGGUUCAGAAGGAUUUUUCUCACCUUGUAGACAGAUCAACUGCUGUGGCUCGCAAAAUGGGAUUUCCCGAGAUAAUCCUUCCUGGUGAUGUUCGAAAUGAUAUCUAUGUCACCCUGAUACAAGGGGAGUUUGACAAAGGGAAGAAGAAGACUCCCAAGAAUGUAGAAGUCACGAUGUCUGUAUAUGAUGAAGAUGGAAAUCUCCAAGAGAAAGCUAUUCAUCCUGGUGCUGGUUAUGAAGGUGUCUCCGAAUACAAGUCUGUUGUUUAUUAUCAAGUCAAGCAACCUUGCUGGUAUGAAACUGUAAAGGUGUCCAUUGCGAUAGAAGAAGUCAGUCGUUGCCAUUUAAGAUUCACUUUCCGUCAUCGGUCGUCACAGGAAUCUAGGGAUAAGUCUGAGAGGGCUUUUGGCAUGGGCUUUGUGAAGUUGAUGAAUGCAGAUGGAACAACGCUGCAAGAUGGCAAACACAAUUUGAUUGUUUAUAAGGGUGAAAACAAGAAAAUGGAAGAUGCUAAAUGCUAUUUAACUCUUCCUUGUACCAAAAUGGAGAUGGAGGAGAAGGAGGCCCCCUCUGGGAAAAAUCUGCACCAUCUAACCAACUUCACACCCGCUAAAGACAGCACAAAAGACAGCUUCCAGAUUGCCACUGUGAUCUGCUCCACCAAACUCACCCAGAAUGUUGACCUGCUGGGUCUGUUGAACUGGCGUUCUAACUCUCAGAACAUAGCUCACAACCUGAGGAAGCUAAUGGAGGUGGAAGGAGGAGAAAUUGUAAAGUUUUUGCAAGACACCCUUGAUGCACUUUUCAACAUAAUGAUGGAAAUGUCAGAAAAUGAAACCUAUGACUUCCUUGUGUUUGAUGCGCUGGUAUUUAUUAUUUCUUUGAUCGGAGACAUCAAGUUCCAGCAUUUCAACCCUGUACUUGAAACUUACAUUUACAAGCACUUCAGUGCAACCCUGGCAUAUGUGAAACUCACCAAAGUACUGAACUGUUAUGUGGGAAAUGCCGAUGACUCCAGCAAGACAGAAUUGCUGUUUGCUGCUCUGAAAGCCUUGAAAUACCUAUUCCGAUUCAUUGUUCAGUCACGAAUAUUGUACCUGAGGUUUUAUGGGAAAAGUGAAGAUGGGGAUGAAUUUAAUGAUGCAAUACGCAAGCUGUUCCUCUCCUUCAAUGUCCUCAUGGACCGGCCCUUAGAGGAGGCUGUGAAGAUUAAGGGUGCAGCUUUAAAGUAUUUGCCAAGUAUCAUAAAUGAUGUCAAACUAGUAUUUGACCCUGUUGAGCUCAGUGUCCUCUUCAGCAAGUUUAUCCAAAGUAUUCCCGACAACCAGUUAGUUCGACAGAAGUUAAACUGCAUGACCAAGAUAGUCGAGAGCGAUCUGUUUAAACAGUCCGAAUGCAGAGAUGCUCUUCUGCCACUACUAAUCGAUCAGCUAAGUGGCCAGCUGGAUGACAAUUCAAACAAGCCUGACCAUGAAGCCUGCUCACAGCUACUUAGUAGUGUUCUUGAAGUCCUGGAUCAGAAAGAUGUGGGGCCCACGGCUGUCCACAUCCAGCUGAUCAUGGAACGCCUGCUAAGGAGGAUAAACCGCACGGUGAUUGGAAUGAGCAGACAGUCUCCACACAUUGGUAUUUUUGUGGCCUGCAUGACAGCUAUCCUGAGGCAGAUGAAUGAUUUCCAUUACAACCAUUACAUCAAUACUUUCAAAACCAGGCAGGACAUUAUUGACUUCCUAAUGGAGACAUUCAUUAUGUUUAAGGAUCUGAUUGGAAAAAAUGUCUAUGCAGCUGACUGGAUGGUCAUGAAUAUGAUGCAGAGCAGGGUUUUCCUCCGGGCGGUGAACCAAUUUACCUCUGUACUCAACCGUUUCUUUCUGGAUCAAGCAAAUUUUGAACUCCAGCUCUGGAAUAACUAUUUCCAUUUGGCAGUGGCCUUUCUCACUCACGAAUCCCUCCAGCUGGAGACCUUCUCACAAGCCAAACGCAACAAAAUUAUCAAGAAGUAUGGGGACAUGAGGAAAGAAAUUGGCUUCAAAAUAAGGGAUAUGUGGUAUAACCUGGGUCCCCACAAAAUAAAAUUCAUUCCAGCAAUGGUAGGCCCGAUCCUGGAGGUAACCCUGGUCCCAGAGCCUGAGCUACGGAAAGCUACCAUUCCCAUCUUCUUUGAUAUGAUGCAGUGCGAGUUUAACUUCAGUGGGAACAGAAACUUCCAUAUGUUUGAAAAUGAGCUGAUAACUAAGCUGGACCAGGAAGUGGAGGGUGGCCGAGGGGACGAACAGUACAAGAUUUUGCUGGAGAAACUCCUUUUGGAGCACUGUCGGAAGCAUAAAUACCUGUCUGCUUCUGGAGAAAUGUUUGCUUUGCUGGUCAGCAGCCUGCUGGAGAACCUGCUGGACUACAGGACAAUCAUGCAUGAUGAAAGCAAGGAGAACCGCAUGAGCUGCACUGUCAACGUGCUGAAUUUUUAUAAGGAGAAGAAACGAGAGGACAUUUAUAUCAGGUACCUGUAUAAACUCCGGGACCUGCACACGGACUGUGAGAACUUCACAGAGGCAGCAUACACUCUCCUCCUCCAUGCAGAGCUGCUCCAGUGGUCUGAGAAGCCGUGUGUGCCUCACCUCCUGCAGAGGGACAGCUACUACGUCUACUCACAGCAGGAACUCAAGGAAAAACUCUACCAAGAAAUUAUCUCCUUCUUUGACAGGGGCAAAAUGUGGGAAAAAGCCAUUCAGCUAAGCAAAGAGUUGGCUGACAUGUACGAAAACAAGGUCUUUGAUUAUGAGGGACUUGGUAAUCUUCUGAAAAAACGAGCGACUUUUUAUGAGAAUAUCAUGAAGGCAAUGAGGCCUCAGCCAGAGUACUUUGCUGUUGGAUACUAUGGUCAAGGUUUUCCCUCUUUCCUCCGGAAUAAAAUUUUUAUCUACCGUGGCAAAGAGUAUGAACGAAGGGAGGACUUCAACCUGAAGCUAUUGACCCAGUUUCCUAGUGCUGAGAAGAUGACCAGCACUGCCCCUCCGGGAGAAGAGAUCAAGUCUUCUCCUAAACAGUAUGUACAGUGCUUUAUUGUGAAGCCUGUGAUGAACCUGCCACCUAAUUAUAAAGAUAAACCUGUACCCGAACAGAUCUUGAACUACUACAGAGCAAAUGAGGUACAGCAGUUCACACACUCCCGACCAGUCAGGAAAGGAGAAAAAGAUCCAGACAACGAGUUUGCUGUGAGUCCUUUGCUUUUGAUGAUGGUUGGCUUGGUAGAAGUUUAUUCUGUUCCUUCCUUCUGACAGGAAGAGAUCAGCCCCUUGGAGAACGCCAUAGAAACAAUGGAGCUAACCAAUGAGAAAAUCAGCAACAUUGUCCAACAGCACGUCUGGGACCGGAGUCUUCCUGUACAUCCUCUCUCUAUGCUCCUGAAUGGGAUCGUGGACCCAGCGGUCAUGGGGGGAUAUACCAACUAUGAAAAGGCCUUUUUCACAGAGAAGUAUCUUCAAGAACAUCCUGAAGAUCAAGAUAAAAUCGAACUGCUUAAGCAACUAAUUGCUCUACAGAUGCCAUUGUUGGCAGAAGGGAUUAGGAUCCAUGGUGAGAAGCUGACAGAACAGCUGAAGCCUCUGCAUGACAGACUGACGGCCUGUUUCAAAGAGCUGAAGAAGAAGGUGGAGAAGCAGUAUGGUGUAAUAACUUUGCCUCCCUCCCUCACCGAAAGGAAACAGAGCAGGUCAGGCUCUGUUGUGUUACCCUAUAUCAUGUCUUCCACGCUGAGACGGCUCUCUGUCACAUCUGUGGCGUCUUCUGUGGUCUCUACAUCUUCCACGUCAUCUGACAGCACUUCCUCCAGACCAGGUUCAGAUGGAUCUAUUCUGGAGCCUCUCUUGGAGAGAAGAAUAUCAGCAGCUUCCAGAGCUGAGGAACUGCCCAUGAAAGAUGAUGGUGAUAACCGGAUUAGCAAACUCAAGCGGAAGGAGUGGAGUAUUAGCAAGUCUCAGGUUAUUGUAGAGAAGGAGCCAGAAACGGAACCAACUUCCAAAAUGGGCAUGUCAGGAAGAGCACAAAGGCCAAAGAGCCUUCAAUUAGGAGACAACAGACUGACUUUGCUUCAGAAUUCUUCACUCCAGCAAUCAACGCCUCGCAGCCCACCACCCAUCACACCCAAAACCCCAAGAACCCAAAGUUUCCCCUCACUGCAAGCUGAUGGAUUGGCAGCUGCUGGCUUACAGAGCACCCCACCCCCACCUCCGCCCAAAAGCAAACCCUAUGAGAACAGCAACCCGAGGAAUUCUGCGGAGGUUGCUCCACCACUACCCAGCAGACGUGAAGCCAAACCUCCCCCUCCACCCCCAAAAACCAGAAAAUCCAGCGUUGUCUCUUCAGAGCAAGGACUGCAGUGA